AUGACUACCGAUAAACGACGGCAGUUUGUGGCAGCAAAAGCCGGCCGAAUGUCGCUUGCCGCUGCCUGCAAACUUUCAUCUGUUUCAUUCCCCCUCCUUUUAGCUGCACCCAACAACCAUUCACUCCUUAGCGGUGAUGGGCCGCAUCAGCUAGUCGCAGAAACCAUUCCAGGCAUUUUCACCGGAACGACCAGCUAUCUGUCUCUUCCAGAUGCGUCUUCCGGAAAUAUAGCAACAGAUGAGUCAGAUGCAAGACCCGCCGAAAACAUCGAAACUGAUCUUUUUAGUGUUGAAAACAUGCUUUAUUACUGUCGGCUGGAACGGCUCAUUGAAGACUGGCUGAAAACAACGAAUGAAUCAAUCGACGAUCCCGAUCAAAUCCUAAUCCCAAAUGAGAACUUAAUCGCUGAGCGAGGUGUCACGAACUUUGAGCCCACACUUUGCGCAGCUGAACCGGAUGCCGCCCAAGCUGCAGCUACAACCUGGGAUGAUCAACCAGUACUGUGGAAUUCGAGAUUUGAUAGCGACACGUUUACAGCUUUGAUUUCGAGAAACGAUAAAUUCAGCGGAUUGCAGUCAGCAGCUGAUUUGGAGCAACUAAAACACAUCCAGCAGAAUCCCAUCACUUCCUAUGGGACAGCAGCGCUGCUCAGCGAUUCCCUUCUUAGCUACGUUACAGCACAGCUUCGUUCAGAUUCAGUGAAUUUAUCCAGAAGCAAUCGUGUAUCGGAAGACGUUUUUUCGAGCUCUACUCAGUUUGACAGUAAAUCAAUUUCAACAUAUCCGCAAAGUUUCACUGCUGAUAAACUCCGAUCAGAUGCAACUUGUCUGCGCGGACCAGAUGGAUGCUCCAUGCCAACAUCCAUCAACCAGAAACUUGGAUCGAAUUCAUUUUUUUCUACAGAUCCAUGCACAUCGCUAAGUGCUGCCGGAGGUGCGGCAGCAUCAAAUUCUAUCAUCGUGAGCUCUGCUGCCUCUAAUCUUGCGUCAAAUACAUCAAACAAAUACACCGUCAUCAGACCGCCAGAACGGAGAUCAAAAAUUCGUACUUUGAGCAGCUAUAAUCCGAUUCCGCCCGUCGUGAAUCAUGUGCCAGUUUAUAAACCGAUUAUGAACGUACCACUACUUUUUAUCACCAAACAAUCAACCAGUCCCAAAAAGCCAACCAAGAAAGUGAUCAGCUCUCAGCCAGUUUCUAGCCAAACCUCAGUUCGAACUGGGUUGUCCACGGCUGCAACGGAUGUUCCAAGUGGACCAAUCCGCACCGCGCUGCUCUCAGUAAGCACCAGAUCGAAGUCCAUCAAAGAAUUCAUCUGCGGAAGAUGCAACCAAUUAUUUGACCAAUACCUUAUCUUCAAAAAACAUCUUGGCAACCACAAUAAAAAGGGUGAAUAUCGUUGCAAUUGGUUUGACUGUGGGACUCUCGAAAAAGGCCGUAAUCGCCUCUCACGUCAUUACCUACAACAUAUACCGAAAAGCGAUAUACGAAAGUGUGAGGAGUGCGGUAAAACUUUUGACAGCUGGUCUCAUUUAACCUCGCACAGGCAAGCAGUGCACUUCAAAAAAGGUGAGUUUCGUUUCUAA